AUGGCCAAGUUCAGCGGAAAUCAGCCCAUACCAUGCAGAGGAAAUGGAAUAACCACAAGUUAUAUAAACAGAACUGAAGUUACAGAAUUUCUUCUUAUGGGAUUUUCAGACACUUUGGAAGUUCAGAUAAUACACGCUCUUCUAUUUUUAUUGCUCUACCUGGCAGCUGUCAUGGGGAAUCUAUUAAUCAUCAUGCUUACCACUCUGGAUGGUCACCUCCAAACCCCAAUGUAUUUCUUUUUGAGAAAUUUAUCUUUCUUAGAUUUCUGCUAUAUCUCUGUCACGGUUCCAAAAUCUAUUGUUAAUUCUUUGACCCAUAAUACAUCGAUUUCUUUCUUUGGGUGUGCUCUGCAAGUCUUCUUUUUCAUUGACUUGGCAUCUACUGAGAUAGCUAUCCUGACAGUGAUGUCCUAUGACUGCUACGUGGCCAUCUGCCAGCCCUUACAUUAUGAAGUCAUUAUGAAACGAAGGGCCUGUGUGAAGAUGAUGGUCAUGUCCUGGCUCAGUGGCAUGAUCUGUGGGUUUAUGCAUGUGGCGGCAACAUUCACAUUGCCCUUUUGUGGGUCCAAUGUAGUCCAUCAAUUUUUCUGUGACAUUCCACAGCUCUUAAGCCUCUUAGAUUCCAAAGUAAUCAUCACUGAAAUUGGGGUCAUGGUUUUUAUUACAAGUCUUGUAAUAGUCUGUUUUGUUUCCAUUACUAUCUCUUAUGUGUCUAUAUUUUCUACUAUCCUGAAGAUUCCUUCUAAAGAGGGUAGAUCAAAAACAUUUUCUACCUGCAUUCCACAUCUCCUGGUUGUAACACUCUUCAUGAUAUCUGGUAGCAUUGCCUAUGUGAAGCCAAUUUCAAUUUCUGCCUCAAAGCUAGAUCUUCUCCUGUCUGUGUUCUACACAGUUGUACUCCCAACCCUGAAUCCUAUCAUCUACAGUUUGAGGAACAAGGACAUGAAGGCAGCUCUUAGAAGGCAACGUGGGAGGCUUCAUGGUGACUUUGACUAG